GAAGCGUUCUCUUACAGGAUCUACACGUCUUUUGUUUUGUGUUUUUGGGUUGAACAUCCAAGCAGUGAUUUCUCGCAGCAGCAGCUCCUCAAUUUUAUCUGCUUCCCGGCGACGAGAUGUCUAUUAACAGAAUCGCCAGAGCUUUACCCUUCUCGGGCCUCUUCAGGCAGCUUGAGAAAGAAGCUGAAACAGUGAUCAAUGUUCUGCAACCUGGCCCUUUGGGAAUCAUUGAACACAAGUUCACUGCUCAAGAGAUUCGUCAGGCCAAAGCUACAGUCUCUACAGCUGUCGAGAAUUGGCGAAGACAUUCUAAGCUUGACCACGCUAAUGGCGUUUUGAAUGAUUUCAUCUCUAAGUGAGUGAAAAAAGUGAGUUCAUCUCUACUUUUGUUUCCCUUGGCUAAUGCAUAAAAAAGGCCUUUCUUUUGUUGAACAAUCCUUAAAGAUUAAUGGGGGAAAAAAAACAAAUGUUUCUCUAUUGAUUAUGAAUAAGCAUUGCUGAUACGUUUUUUAUCAGCUUUUACAUAGAUUGAUAUAAACUAGUAUUGGUAAUUGGAAAUACAAGUUGUUGAUAUUAGCACCAGGGUUGUGUGACUACUACUUGAAUUGCACUUAAAUUAAACCCACAAAAAGGCAAAAAAGUAUAGAUUCUUCUCAUCUUAUACUAUUCUAGUGACUUAAACCCAUAUGGCUCCGGCUCUUUUUAGCAAUGCGGCUAGUUGGUUCUUGACUUGGAGAGUCAUUACCUGGUUAGCCCCACCUAUUAACUGUUCCCCUAUGAACACCGCUGGUACACUCGGCUUACACCCCAUCUGUACCAAUGCCUUCUCUAUCUCCUUCCCGUUUGACAACUGAUCAACCUCGUACACCGUCAUCUUUGCUCCAAAUCCGGAGAUCAGUGUCUGAAUGGAGUGGCUCAUGCAGCAGGUGCUUUUGCUGAAAACCACCACUGGUUUGUCUGCAACUAAAUCUCUAAUGCUUUCCAUUGGGGGACGUACUUUAUAGUAUGAGAAAUGUGACACAGGUGUAGGACUUAGUGUGAGAAGGAACUCUGU